AUAUGCCAUAAUCAAUGCUACUACCACCUAAUAAUAAAUAGUUUAAUACCUAUUCAGUCCCAGUGUAAUGUACUUAUGUUUAUUUUAUUUAGCCGUGGCUUAAAUGUUUAAUAGUUAAUAGUUUAAAAAUUAAUCAUGGGCCGAAUGCCUAGUCAACUUUUUUUCUGACAACUUUAUGUUCUUAAUUUUUUUUAGUUAUUUAUUUAUAUUUACGUUAACCUAUUUUUAAUUCUCUAGUCACUCGAUUUUAUUAAUGUGCCUUAAAUUAUCAAGAUGGAACAUAUAAAAACUCCAAAAGACACGCAGUGAGUUGUGUGUAUAAAUCUUUAACACAUGCAGUUGUAUGGCCGAAAAAGACAGGUUCGUGUCACCGGCUGGCUUCCGUCUGUAUCGUUUGUCAUCGGCUCCCGGAUCGUACUCUCUGUUCUGCCGCUUGAGGUCGUGGCUACAGCGUGAAGCUGCCAUGGCCAAAGUGGCCAGGCAACAGCAACAGGACGGUUCGGUCAUUAAAAAGAUAGAAAAUGUACGGAUGUUAGACCGAUAUAAUUCCAAAAAAACGUCAGCUGGUACAUUAUAUUUAACAGCUACCCAUUUAAUAUUUUUCGAUACUGAAAAUAAUAAAGAAUCGUGGGUGCUGUUAAUGCAUAUAGGCAAUGUUGAAAAAUUACCUAUUACAACUACGGGUUGUCCAAUUUUAAUACGAUGCAAAACAUUCCUAUCAGUCACAUUUGUCAUACCAAAAGAAAGAGAUUCUCACAAUAUAUUCACGUCAUUGCUUGUUCUCUGCCAACCUGCAAAAAUCGAAGAUGUUUACUGUUUUUUAUAUAAAUCAAACUCUGAUAAAAUAUCAAAAAGUGCUGGUUGGGAUAGUUUUAAUCUGGAAAAAGAAUACCAAAGAAUGAAUGUACCAAAUGAAUCUUGGAGUCUUACUACAUUAAAUCAAGACUAUCAGUUGUGUGAUACUUACCCAAAGUUCCUUUUUGUACCAUCGUCUGUGAGUACAUCAAUUUUAGUGGGCAGUUCAAAGUUUCGUAGCAAGGAACGGUUACCAGUACUUACAUACUUACACGGAAACAAGGCGUCAAUUUGCCGCUGUGCACAACCAUUAUCUGGAUUUAAUGCCAGAUGUAUGGAAGAUGAGCAACUUCUCACAUGUAUACUAUAUACAAAUCCAGGUAGCGAGUACAUGCAUGUUGUUGAUACCAGACCAAAGAUAAACGCCAUGGCAAAUCGAGCAACAGGAAAAGGUUAUGAAAAUGAAAAUUUUUAUGAUAGUAUUAAAUUUAAUUUUUUAGGUAUAGAAAAUAUUCAUGUAAUGAGAAAUAGCUUGUCCAAAGUUGUAGAUUUAUGUGAACAACGAAAUCUAUCUAUGUCUCAAUUUAUUGGAGGAUUAGAUAGUAGUGGUUGGUUACGGCAUAUCAAAACUAUUCUCGAUACAUCCGCUUUUAUAUGCCAAGCAGUUAAUAGUGGGAAGUCUGUUGUGGUCCAUUGUUCAGAUGGAUGGGAUCGAACAGCUCAAGUCUGUUCACUAGCUUCUCUAAUGCUAGACCCAUAUUAUCGCACACUUCAAGGAUUCCAGGCACUUAUUGAAAAAGAUUGGUUAGCAUUUGGUCACAAAUUUAGUGAUCGGUGUGGCCAUAUAGCUGGUGACUCUAAAGAAGUCUCCCCAGUAUUUACACAAUUUAUAGAAGCAACAUGGCAACUCACAAUGAUUCAACCUACUUCAUUUGAAUUCAACGAACGAUUUUUACUAAUUUUACAUGACCAUGUAACAUCCUGUCAGUAUGGGACUUUCAUUGGAAAUUGUGAAAAAGAACGCGUUGAUCUCAAACUCAAGGAUCGUACAUUUUCUUUUUGGGGUUAUGUAGAAGAACAUAAAAAAGAAUUUUUGAAUCCUCUUUAUAGUGCUCAAACAGAAACUAUGAGCCCUGAUUUAUCACCACAAAAUAUAAGAUUUUGGCGUGGAAUGUAUUGUCGUUUUGAAAAUGGUGUCCACCCACGAGAGCAUGUAUAUGACAUUUUACUAGCAACUAGUGAACAGACAAAAUCCAUUGAUGAUCACGUAAAAUUCCUACAAAAAAGAUUAUCAUAUUUUAAACGUAAAAUAACUGAUGGUGCAGACAUGGUCAAAAACAGUCUAUUCUCAAAAGAAAUAUGUAUAGAGCCUAUGAGCUACAAUAGAGAAGAAAAUAUUAUACAAUCUAUGAAUGAUGCAUUUGAUAAUUUAACUGUUAUGGAGCCAAAACUAGAUGAAGCCCAUAAGGUGGCCAUUGAAUGGAAGAGCUUACGAGAAGCAGUUUCUUGUGAAUGUUCUACUGAUUCUUCUACAAAAAAAUAUCACUGUUGGAAAUGUGGAAAUGUGUUUUGCACUCGUUGUAUAAAUAUGAAUGUUUCAUUACCUGGACACCUUAGUCAAGAUCCUGUGCCUGUAUGUCACGGAUGUCAUAAAAUUGUUUCAAGAUCAUCGACAGAAUCUUCUUAAGUUCAUUGUGUUAUUAUUCAACUAAUUAUUAGUUAAUUUUAUUAACAUUAAGACCAGUUACAAUAUUUAUACUUAAAUCUGUAAAUAUAAAUACCUUUUCCAGUUAUAAAUUAAUUAUAUUAUAACAUAUAGCCUAAAUUAUCUCAUAGGUCUCCAAUUUUUAAUAGUACCCAAUUUCUCUUUUUUGUUAGAAAUAAAAAUGAUCGCGCAAUAUUUUCUAUAUCACACCAAAUAAUAUAUAAUUUAAAUAAGCUAAAGUGUUAUAUUAACUUCAAUUAUAUUCUGUGCAAAUUGAGAAAAAUAUCGGCACAAAUUAAACAACAGUUUAUACAACAUAUUAAAAUUAUUUUAUUUGAAUCAUACUAUUUAUCAAACUUUAAAUAAUUUAAUUAGGUAUUUAAAUUACAUUCAUAUAAAGCAAGAUCAAUAAUAUUCUAAUAUAAAAAUAAACAUAUAUAUUUAGUGUUUACUUCCUACAUUCAUUUAUUCAUAAAUAAAAAACAAUAUUGAUUACUAAAUUAUAAUAUUUUAAUUGUGAUGUAUGCCUAAUAGUUUCAGUUUUAGAUAUUUCAUUAAGUAAGACCACAAAACUAUUUUAUAAUUAACUUAAAAUUUGAGUAAAACAGUAAUGUUAAAUUACACAUUAUAAUUUAAAAUUAACAAAACUUAUUUAUACUACACGUUAAAUUAAAAUUAAAAUUUCAAAUUUGUUUGAAAAUAUUAUUAUUUAUACCCGAGAUAUAUUGAUAACAUAUAAUUUUAAUGAAGUUUGUUUUACAUUAAUUAUAUUAAAUAAUAAAUACUGAAUAUAACAUAUUACAUAUUCUGGUUGAAAAAUUGGAUCAAACCUAUACAUUUGAAAAGUGAUAUCUUAAGGUAUAUACCUACAAAUAAUUAAGCUCUAGUUUUUAGAUUUAAUAAAAAUUUUAAUUUUAAUGUAAUUUCAUUUCCUAUACCAUAUUACUAUUUAUAUAUAAUAUAUUAUAUUGUAUUAUUAUAAACUAAUAGAUAUUGAUUCCAGAACAAUUAUAAAAGUUUUUUUUAAAUAUUUAUACUAAGCAAGGUCCUCAACAUUGAUUUUCAGUGCAUAACUGUAUAAGACAUGUAACACCACGUGUUGUCUCCAUCUUACAAAUAUAAAACAUACCAACAUUUUUUUAAAAGCGUAAAAUAUAUAACUGAUAAGAA